AUGCCGUCUUUCUACAACCCUGGCCUUCAAGGCCUGCCUCCUACGCCGCCACAUUUCCAUGGGAACGACAAAAUGGAGAUAGACCAGCCUUACUAUAUCACCGGACAGUCUGCCUUUCCCCCCCGCUACUCUCAAAACGGCUGUGACUUCAUCGAGCAGUACUCCCAGGCAAAUUGCUUCGUCAAGCCUGCUCCGAUGAACGCCCACUCCCAGCCACUGGGUCAGCUGCGACCCGGUCGAAACUUUGCCAUUUCUCAUGGCAUCGCUCAGCCGCAGCUCGGCGGCCAACAGUCGGUCUACGGACCCAUCGCAGCUGCGCCCUCGCUGCCCCCGAUCCGGUCCAACGUCUCCUCUUUCCCCGACAGCGCCAUUCCGCCACAAUAUCGCCGUCACGAUCUCCCCACUGAGCACCACCGCCCCAAAGAAGAGAAGCCCACCGGAGGCGUGGCCGCCCAUCUUGAUUACGAGAUCGAUCAAAUGUCGGAUUUUGUUGCAGAAAUGGCCCAGGGAAUGUAUGCAUUUUGCAGCCCCGGAAUCAACCUAGAUGAUAUUGACUUGCUUGGAAGUGUCUACCCAGGACAAACAGCUGUUCCACCCUCGUUUCGGAAAUAUGUUCACCAGAUCCUCUCGUCGACUCGUCUUCCCAGUUCCACCAUUCUCUUGGGCCUGUUUUACUUGGCAACCCGAAUGCGCAUGCUUUCCUCCAAGGGGAUCUACGCGACCGGCACUGGCCAAGUAUACCGGAUGCUGACCACUGCACUGCUACUAGGAAGCAAGUUUCUCGAUGACAAUACCUUUCAGAACCGGUCCUGGGCCGAAGUGAGCAACAUCCCCGUGUCGGAGCUGAACUCGAUGGAAUUGGACUGGCUUUUCGCCUUCGAGUGGAAAAUUCACGAGCGUAUUCACAACAAGGAAGACGGCUUCGGUGUAUGGUUGGCUCGCUGGGAAGCCUACCGCGCGACCAUAGUUUCCAUCAGAGGGAACCCGACGCGUCAGAAACUGGCCCCGAUCGACACCAACAUCGCAAGACCUUACACGGUUUCCAAGCCUCUCAUGUCGCCUGAUGGUCCUAUCCCGCCGCAAUACCAGCGCCCUACCAACUUUGAAAACACAUGGCUGAAUCCCGCUGCUUCUGAAUACUCGCCCCCAUCAGCUCCACACAGUGGUCCCAACACCCCCGACUACUACAACGUUGGCACUUGGAUGUACAGCAACCCGCCUCCUCCUUAUACGCGUUCAUGGAUGCCGCAACAACAAUACCUUGCACAUCCCCACCAGCCUCGUUCCCAGCCACCUUCGUACCACCACACACCUGUCUAUACUGUGCCUAUGAGCAACUCCGUCUGGACUGGUCAUGGCUCGUCCUGUGGUUGUGCCUAUUGCCUCAAAUACCAGGAUAAAUUCUUUCCUGCGAAUACCUUUGGCGCUAUCCAGCCUAUGGUGGCAGGCUGA